AUGGUCAUUAACGAGCUGCGAUCCCUCUACCUAUACUUCACCGCCCCCAACGUGUCCAUCACCGUCUCGAUGAAGGGCACCGUCUUCCUCGACAUCAUCGGCGUCAAGGCGCGCAUGAUGCUGCCGGACAUAGCCAUCCUGGUGGCCAUGUGGGCCGGCUGCUGCGCGCUGCUGUGCUUCGUGAUGCACUGGCGCAACGGGCGCCGGAGGGCGUGA